AUGACCCGUAUACGUCUCCUGCUCGCGGCGUUCACUCUCGCACCAUACUGCUGCAGUUUUGGUAGAGCGUAUGGCAUCGUUCCGAUGACGAAGCUAGAGUCGGAUCAGAACAUUGAAGCGAUGGACGAUAGCAGUGUGAAUUUAUUCCUCAAGGACAGCAAGGAGCUCAAAGCGGAGUUGAAAGAUGAAGCGAGGGCAGUUACUGCGGGCGACACCUUCAAUUUCAAGAUACUGUUCGAGAAGAUUCCGUAUGCUGAACAGCUCAAGUAUUUCCUGAGCGGGAAGCCGCAGCCCGACAAAGUGAAGGGUGCGACAAAUACAGUGAAGGAUGCCACGGACGCAGCAAAGGCUGCAACGGCCGAGAUCCCGAAAGAGUACACGAAGCUAGAGGCCUGGAAAAUCAUAUUGAAAGGGAUGGUAAAGCCGCUGGUAAUCAUUGCAGCCAUGGCACUAGCUGGAGGGUAUAUCGCGUAUCUAGUGAAGGGGUAG